AAUUUCUUGUUGACAAACUGCAAAUUUGUGUUGAUUCUGCUUCAAUCGAUUGAUUUUUCGCGUAAUUUUAGUGCAAAACCUACCAGCUUUCGCAAAACAUAUUCCGGUGCGCAAUCAUGUGAAUUCCAGCGCGCCCCCCGUUGACCAUGGGACAGACCCCUUCGUCGUCGUCGUCGAGCAUGGAACCGGCCAAAAAGAUCCCGGACUGGGUGCACAGCUUCAGCGUGAGCGAAACGCGCAAGCACAAGGGCUACACGAUCUAUCGGAUCACCUCGAUUGUCUUCCCGCGGUACCUGCCGGAGGCGCUGACCAGCGUGACGCUGUGGAAGCGGUUCAGCGACGUGAAGCAGCUGUACAAGGAUCUGGUGAGGCGACAUCGCGAUCGGCACCUGCCGGGGACGGUUCCGGAGCUGGCGGAGCGGACCUACUUCAAGCGGUUCGACGCGCGGAUCAUCGAGGAACGGCGGCAGUACGUGCUGCGGUUGCUGGAGUUUGCCGGGAGGGAACCGGUGCUGUACCAGUCGUACGCGUUCGUCAAGUUUUUUGAGCGGGGCAUUUCGCCGGAGGGAUCGCCGCAGAAGGGUGGCAAUAUUGCGGAGAUUUGCGGGAAUCUGGCGAUUCCGGUGCCGGACGAGAUUGUGCUGGUUGAUCCGAGUCGGGACGAUGGGGAGGUUGGGAGCGGUGGCGAGGACGACGUGGUGAGCGUUGGGGGGUCGAUGGUGGACUCGAUGUUGUCGCAGUCUUCGAGUGCGCAGUCUGGGGGGGAACCGGUUUCCGGGGUUUUGGAAGAACCGGUUGAUGAGGUGGACUCGCUGGAUUACAUCGUGGAGGCGGCCAUGGUGUUUAGCCGGGCUGCCCAGGCGGAGGCCAACGGCCGCUACAAGGAAGCGUUUGACGAGUACAAGGCAGGAAUUGACCGGUUGCUUACCGGAGCGAAAACCGACGCGAAUGCCGCCCGCAAGAAGAUGGCCAAGGAGAAGACCUGCAAGUACGUAACGCGUGCCGAGGAAAUCUACGAAAAGUAUCUCCUGCAUCAGGAGGACGACGCCAUUCUGCAGCUCAGCCCAAUCUGCCUGGACGAUCCGAGUUCGCCGAUUCAGCUGUUGGAACGCCCGCUCAACUACCUGUCCCGGUACAAAGUGGUCCGCGUGCUCGAGGGUCGCGUCAUGCAGGUUCAGGACGUCACCGAUCGCAAGUUCUACGUCAUGAAGGGCAUCCGGAAACCCGCCGGAGGCUUCUCCCAAGCAAGCUCUCUCCCGUACAACGUUCCGUACAUGGUGCCGCUGGUCGCGUACUUCCAGUCCGAGUCCAGCGUCUUCCUGCUGCUCAAACUGGUCGCGGGUGGCAAACUUUACGACUACAUCGCCAGCUACCGAAAAUCAGACGAAUUCACCCCUCCCACUUCAGAAGAUUCCGCCGGCGGCGCCGGCGACGACUCCGAACCGGAAACCAAAGCGCAAGAAUCGUCCAACGAGUCGGACUCGAGCGUCACCACUACAACCUCCGCCUUCGACUCCGGCUUCAUCGAUCUCGUCAACGACUACAACAGCAAGCAACCCUUGAUCCCCGAUCCGGAACCUCCGCAGGAGGUCGAACAAGCCCAGGAAGCGGUCGUCGACGAAGUCGACCCCCCGCCACCAACCUACAUUCCCUCGUUUGACGCCCUGUCCAAGGACAUGGACGUGAGUGAUCUCGUCAGCUGCAGCCAGCAGCUGCUCCGUGCCGUGUCGCAAACGAUCGAGCAAUCUGAACAGCAGCGUCCGAGGAGCGAGCUUUUGGAAAGGGAAGGUGGCAAACUGCUGGUGGCGGCGGUGCCCAAGCGACCCCACAUCGAUACUAGUCAAUUAGAGUUAAGGACGGCGGCGCAGCCGGACCAACUGCCCGAGGGAUGCGUCAAGCAGUGGAUCAGCGAGCUGAUCAUCGCGGUGGAUAAUCUGCACUUUAAUGGGAUCGUUUGUGGCGACCUCACCAUGGACAACCUGCUGCUCGGUCCCGAGGGCCAACUGCUGCUGACGUACUUUUACCGCAAGGAGCGCUUCCCGGACGCGGCCACUCUCGCCACCGAACUUCGGCCCGAAGCGGUCCAGCAACUCUACGUGGCACCGGAGCGGCCGCUCCAACCGUGCUCCGACUACUGGUCCAUUGGCGUCAUCCUGUUCGAGAUGCUCACCCGGCGCAGCUUCCUCGCCUGCCAUCCGGCCGGGGUGUUCUGUUACCAGGACGUUCAGUAUCCGGACGCGGUGGACAUUUCGGACGAGGCGCGCCAGCUGCUGGACGGGUUACUGCAGCCGCUGCCCGAGAAUCGGUUCGACUUUAAGGAGAUCAUCGCAAGUGCAUUCUUCCACACGAUCGACUGGAGCGAGGUCAAACGACGAGGACAGCAAAGUGCUUAGGAGUUUGUGGAGUUCGUUACGCGCGCGUACUAAUUUAAACUGUAACCGGUGCAACAAAAUAUAGUCCAACAAUAAAUACUGUUUGUGUAAUGACGUUCGGAUUCAAUAAAUGUGUUUGUAAGCGAGUCUGUUAGCUUUU